AUGCCAACGGUCUAUUCUGAUCCAGAGGCAGGCUGGGGCAAUGAUGCUCCAAUUGGGGACGAAGAUAAAAGUCAACUGACGCCACCCGUCCAAAUUCAGCUGAAUGACCCUUCUUACCAUCACUCAGAUGACUCUGGUAGCGAAUGGGAGGAAGAUAUUUCUGUUGAAGACGUCAAAGGGGAAGGCGAUAUGCAUGGUCAAUAUAGUCGACGGAAGUCAAGUGAUGAACUAUCUCAUAGUACACGUAGCAUGCCAACAACUUCACUAUGUGUUUCGAUGGCUGGAUUGGGAGUGGGUGUUCCAACAAAUCACGAAUUUGAGGAAGUAGGAUCUGCGGAUGGGCAUUCGCACCGAAAGCGCAGACACGGUAGCAGAAAACCCAAGCUACAAGGCAGCCGCUCUCGCUCGCUGUCUGAUUUAGAUGCAAACAAUGACUGGGACGAUGCCAUUCUUCCAAUUCAGGAGGCAGACAAUGAUAGACGUCGCAGGCGGCACCAUGGACAACAUGGACACAAGCGCAACAGUAAUGUCAACAGCAGGGGCAAGUUGUUAGGAAGCAGCUCUCGCUCGCUGUCUGAUUCAGAUAACAGCUGGGAUAGCAAUAUCGUUCCAAUCAAGAAGGAUGCAAAGAAUUCUGGACAUAAUCGAAACAAGCGCAACAACAAAAGUAGCAGGAGCAAAGGCAACCAUCAGUCUCGGCGACGAAAAAGUAACAGCAGAAGUGGGAGUAGCGAUAGCAGAAGCAUGAGCAGUGAAAGACACGGAAACAGUGGUACAAGAAAUAUUGAAAGACAUGUUAGUUUUAGCUCUUCUACUGAACCCUCCGAAGAGCCGAUUGGUAUCGGUGAGAGUGAAAGGUCUGCAGUGUACUUGAACAAGGCCGCACAAAAGAUCCAAAACCGAUUUCGCGGUGCUCGGAAAGCAAGAGAAGAAGCAUCUGGGGCCGAUUCUGAAACCGAUUCUUUUGAGGAAACCACGUCUCAAGAAUCCGAGGCCGUAGAGGAGGAUGAUAUCGGACACACCAUUACGAUGGCAUUUAUCUUGAUAUUCAGCGUCGCCAUGAUGUCAAAACGAUGGAUUAUAAAAUGCUUCGAAGGAUGUCGGGGGAACCAAAAGAGAUCUGGCAGAAGACAGAACAAUCGCGAUCACGAUGGUCAUGAUGAUCCAGAAAUGGUGAAUCCAGACGAGAUUCCCGUGGAUGGGAAUGCCAAUAUGCACGGACAGGCACAAACGGGACCAACAACUGGGCCGACUGCCCCAGCACCGGGGGGUAUGGAAUCCAUGAUGGCGACUCAGGCGGCGAGUAGCGCAGCAGGAGGCGCCGCUUCAGGAGUAUCCGCUGGGAUUGCAGCCGGGGCUGCUGCAGCAGGUGCCGCAACAAGUGCCAUGGCAGCAGCAGGUGUCGCAGCAUCAGCCACUCAACUAGUAACAGCCGCUGUUGUGGGUACGACAGUUGUAGUCGCUUCCAGUGUUGCAGUAUCAAAUGUAUUAACUGCGACACCGGUACCGUUUCCGAUAGUAUCGACUUGCGGGAUUGAGUCUCCCGUCUUUCAUAACGGUGCCAUUGGUCUAUCAUUUGAAGGAUUCGAGCGAGGGUUUAAUGCUCGAGAACAGCAAUUGGUGGAAACCUUGGUGGUGGACUCGUACAAUCUCAUUACUAGGGGCAUCAAUCAAGAAGGCAAUAAUUGCGCUGAUGCGUAUCAGCGCGAGAUGCAGAAUUCGACAAUGUUCGAUCAAGUUUUCAAUGCCGAGAAUGACGAGAAUCCGUCAUCACUUGACGUGACGCUGGAUUCUUGGGUGAUUUGCAACGGAUGUCCCAAUGAUCUACCCAUGAUCGGUCGGUAUGCAAAUGCUGAAGUCCCAUCAGCUAGCCGUAGAUUACAAAAUGGGGAGGAUAGCUUGAAUGUGAAAUUGGAUCUUGACCUCCUCGAUCAGCUCUUGAAAGAGGUCGCAAGAAAGAUUGUUGACUUCGCUGACUCUGGGGAGCUGGCCGAGUCCUUCAUUCCGUCGAAGAUUGCACUUAAGGGUCAACCGCCUUCAUCAAACAUUGACUCUGAAGGCGAAGCUAGUAUGCCUCUAAUAUUUUUGAAUUUGCCGAUCGGAUACGAAGACCCCACGUCAAGCAAUGGUCGAGAGGUUAUAUUUCCUCGAACUUCGGUUUGUGGUUCAUCUGAUCCAGAAUUCUAUCCAGGAAUCUGGCGCUUGUCACUGCAAGGCGUCGCCCGAACAAUUGCGACUGAUGAAGUCAGAGUUAUCGAAGACUUGAUGCUGGAAACCUACAACGGUGUGGUCAUCGGUAGAAUUGCGCAGCCAGAAUGCUCUGACAGAUACCAACGAGAAAUGUCAAGGGCACGGCUCAUAGACCAGCAGUUUAUCAGGGCCCAAGGUAAUGAUACAGUAUCAUCACUCGAAAUGACUUUCAAGACAUGGCUUAUCUGCAAUGGAUGUUCGAAUGCGAUUCCGUUGUUUGGGACAGCUGAUGAAAUAGAGAAUGGCAACGGGUUUUCAUAUGAUUCUCGGAUGAUGGAGGUCGCUCUCCGCGAUAUUAUUGCUCGGAUGGUGGGCCUGAUCAAUAGCGAUGCUCUUUCAUCUAGCCUUCUUCCAAACAAGGUAUCAAUCCUUCCUCCGACCCAAGCCGGGUCCAACGGAAAUGGAGGUGGACAAGGCACAGCAUUGGAGCCUUUGUUGAACGUGCGCAUCAUCAUCGAAACCGACGAAAAUGGGGACCUCUUGGCGAAUGUUCCAAAACCAUCCGCAUGCGGACUAUUCGACCCCAACUUCUACCCAGGCGAGCUGCGGAUGACCUUUGAGGGUUUCGAAAGGGUCUUUACGGAAGAGGAAGCUGCGUUGAUCGAGCCAAUCGUGUUAUCAUCUUACAACGCAUUGACGAAGGGUCCGAACACCGAAGAGGGCAUAUGUGUCGAUGAGUAUAAGCGGGAGAUGACAAAUGCCGAUCUCGCGGACCAAACGUUUUCGGUACCUCCCGGUGGUGAUGAAGCGUCGGUACUGGAUUUGGUAUUUGAGACAUGGGUGACAUGCGAUGGUUGUUCAGAAGAAGAGGCCGUAUUUGGGUCCGCGGGUAGUAGCGUUCGAAGAAGGACUCAAGAUGGCGUUGGUGGCGAUGGCUUGGACUUGGACUUUGUGGAGAUUCAUAUGGAAGAAGUCGUGGCAGGAAUCUUUGAGCUUGUACGGAUCGGUGCUCUACCCGCUAUAUUCGUUCCAGACAAGGUAUACGUCAAACGCAGGGGGGCAGAUGGUGGAAACGGAGCUGUUUUGUUGGAUGUCCCCAUCAUCGUGAGUUAUCGGGCACAGACAGGAUUCUUUGUCCAGUUUCCGGGACCAAGUCAAGCUCCGUCGAUGAGUAUGGUACCUAGUAGCAUGCCAAGUGAUGUUCCUUCAUUGAGUAUGGUCCCAUCGGAAGUCCCCUCUGACGUUCCAUCGGACUCUCCCAGUGUGGUUCCAAGUGAUGUGCCCAGUGUGAUUCCUAGCGACAGUCCGAGUAGCAUUCCAAGUGCGAUACCGAGUAGCAUUCCAAGUGCGAUACCGAGUAUGCAGCCAAGUUCGGUGCCAAGCGCAAUACCAAGUGACUCGCCCAGUGAGGUUCCAAGUAGUCUUCCUUCUAUGCUACCGUCCACCAUUCCGAGUGUACCGCCUUCGGAUAUACCAUCCGUGAUUCCUUCGGAAAGUCCAUCAAUGAUUCCAAGCGUGAUUCCAAGCGAGAUGCCAUCUACUGCUUAUCAAGGAUGUUUCGUUGAGACUCCUGCUUUUCCGAAGAUGGAUCUAUUACUAGGAGGAGCUUGGAAUGUUGAUAAUUGUAUAAACCAGUGCGCAAGCUUUGGCUACAGGUAUGCCGGCUUGAGUAUUUCAAGUGUUGCCGAUCACACUUGUUAUUGUGGCAAUUCGUUUGACACGACAGCUCAAGUGGAUGAUGCCGAAUGUGAUAAUGAUUGCAGUGGGUCGUGCGGUGGUACUGUUAGGACAAGUGUUUACAUUGCCGGUAAUCACCCUGUGGGAGGAGCUGACGGAUUUACUUCGGACUUGUAUUGCGAUUGCCAUAGAGACUGGGUACUCACUUUGACUGGCACAAGACCAGACUUGACAAAUCGAGUCAGCACUAGGGCGUCGGUCAAAGGAUGCAUUGCGUUGUGUCGCCGCGACGGUUACAGGUAUGCCGGUCUCCAAAACGGAAGAGAGUGCUUCUUGAUCCAAACCUCUUAUCCAGCACCUCCCAAGCAUGCAAUGAUUCCAAGCAUGAUUCCAAGCGAGAUGCCUUCUACUGUUUAUCAAGGUUGUUUAGUCGAAACACCUGCUUCUCCGAAGAUGGAUCUGUUACUAGGAGCAGCUUGGAAUGUUGAUAAUUGCAUUGACCAGUGCGCAAGUCUUGGCUACAGGUUUGCCGGCUUGAGUACUUCAGGCGCUCACGACAGCUCAAGUAGAUGA